GUCACAUUCAGGUGUUAUCAACGGAAAGACACUCGGCCAAACACUUGGUUUCCAAAGCACAGGCUCAGCAAUGGACUGGAAGCAACCACUUUGUUGCCUUCUCUGCUCUCUGCCACUGCUUGUUGCCCUUGAGAUUCAGACCAUCAACUCAAUAAAUGAGCUGGAAGAACACAAUUUUGGCAAAUCCUUCCCCCAAAAUGGCAUCCCACUUCUCUACUGGUUCAGCUCAUUGAUAGAUAUCGACCAAAGUAACACAAUUCGAUUCAAGGAAGGAAGUUAUGACCCAGUCACUGACAUCCCAUUUGAAUUGAUAGAGAACUCAGGUAGCCUUCCAUACAUAGAUCCAUUUGGGGAAAGAGAUUAUUAUUCGGCUGGUGACAUUAAGAGUGGAUCAUUUAGCUACUUGCCUUUUUACGUCACCCAAGACUAUUACAAUGCCAAAAACUACAAUGGAAAAAAUGUAGAUAGGAUCAUCAUUGUUAUUGAUAAGUGGUAUACACCCGUCCGGGUUGACCAGGUGUAUGUGGCCGAGGUGUCUGAGUGUGACCCUCCAAAUGAUACCAAGAACAUCACCAUAACCUACAGGGUAGGCAUUCAGCUCCUUCGCCAGAUCACAACUCUGACCAACCCACAUGACUGCCGAAACAAAUUCCUGAAGGACAUCUUCCCACACCUUGGCUUCAGUCUGACGCUGGCUGAGAACAUGUUUGGUAAGCCAGGUCUCCCCCUGUUCAUGGCAUUGUCGGGAUACGACCUUGUGGACAGAUACAAUAUCACAGCACAAGCGUGGUCUUGCUCGCCACUGUUGUCGGCUGGCGCCAGGAAAUCUUUGUGUGACACCAGCAGGCAAGAGCUGGCCAUCAGGACCAGCCACGACGGCCACGCGGUGGUCAGCUGGCAUGGGCUGCCCAGCACCGUCCUGAAGCUGCACACGACAGUGGCCCUGUUUUUGAUAGACGACCGCAAUAAUGCCCUGUUCCAGCAGAGGAUUGAUGGGCAGGCGUCAGGGACCCUGGAGACAAGUGUGCCACUGGACCCCGGACUUCAGGUCCACCUCAUCAAGCAGGACGUGAGUGAUUCUACCAUCUGGCAGGGGCCAGGGCUCAACGACGCCAACCGGCAGAUUCCUGUUGCGGUGGGAAAUGCCAGUGCCAGCAUGCAGAUUUUCACCCGCAAGGGCUAUGCCGGGGUUCGUCUGUACAUCAGGAAGUCCUUUACCAGCUGGCAAGAUGACUUUUACUACUCUUGGGUUGCCUUUUAUGCCAGUGAAGAGGACAGCAAUGAAGAGUACCUGAGCCACCAGUGGCAGUGGGUUACUCGUUUCACUAAGCACAAACUCCUCAGUUUGAUCAGAUGGAAUGUUUAUGAGUAUGUCAGUAAUACAUACAUUGCCCCAGGACUCAAUGCACGCUUUUUUCUGACUGACUAUGAUGAGUGGGCUCGCACAAUGCCGUGGGAUAUGUGACACGAUUACGGAAUGGCAGAGCUCCGUGGGAUAUUGAAUUUUAGAGCGUCUUUACAGUUACUUUUGCUUCACGUUAAUAUUGAUAUGAUUUCUUUUGAGCCUAUUUGCAUAAUUUAAUUUUUCAGGGCAUUCCAUUCCAUGCUUCAAAUAUGUUCUCGUACAAAAUCACUUUCUGUUUAGAAUUAAACAGUGUGCCUCAAAAUUGUGUUGAUAGAUAAUUCCAUUGUGCUGUUGUGGGUUCAUCUGUGUGGUAAACGUCAUGAUUCUUAAUAAAUACAAACAAUAGUGUGGAA